UCUCCAAACGUGACAAAGUGGGAAAAGAGUGGGGCCUGGCAUUUUCUUCUCUUCGUGGUCGCUCGCAGCCAUCAGUCCUGCCUCUUCUCGAUCGUCGCUCGGACGUUUUGUAAUAAUCGAUCGAUCGACAUCGCUGUAAUCACCUUAUUCGCUGAAAUUCCGAGAGAGUGUGGAAUCAUGUCAUUUCUCACGACGAUACUGCCGCUAUCGCUGGCAAUCGGCAUGAUAUCAGCGCAGUGUCUAACGGGAAAUGAUGUUCCCGCACUGAUGGACCCGACGUCCAAGAUAUCGCUGACAAACGCCCGUUUCGACUUCGCGCUCGACAGCCUGAAGAAGGCCGCGCUGAUCGAGACGAAGGACAACCUCUUCUUCAGCCCACACAGCAUACACCAUGCCUUAAGUCUAGCGUACUUCGGAGCCCGCGGUACUACCGAGAAUUCCCUCAAACAAGCCCUUCGUAUUCCCGAUCAGCUAUCCAAGAUCGAUGUACAACGUUAUUACGCUUUUGAGAGAUCACUCAAUCAACUGCGUUCCCAGAACGGGUCCACGGAUUACGAAUAUAGAGUCGCCAACAGAUUUUGGAUCACGAAUUCCAGGAAGCUGCGCGAAUGUAUGCUUGACUUCUUCGACGAUCAGUUGCAAGUGACCGAUUUCCGUACAAAUCCUGGCGAAGUGCGGAAUCGUAUCAACGAUUGGGUCAGUAACAUAACGAAGGGCCAUAUCCGCGAUCUUUUGCCGCCCAGCAGCAUCACCGAGGAUACGGAUCUGGUUCUGGCGAACGCGGUUUAUUUUAAAGGCCUGUGGGCCCAGCGCUUCGAUCCCAAGAAUUCUAAACGCGAUAUCUUCUAUGCUUCCGGCGCGCAAAACUCUGUCGUUACUUUUAUGCGCCAGAAGGGAAACUUUAAUCACGUCGUCUCAGAGGAGCUAGGCGCGUAUAUUUUGGAGCUACCUUACAAGGGCGACGAGAUAUCGAUGUUCGUGCUCCUGCCGCCGUUCUCCACCGCACGGACCCUUUCCCAGGAUUCCGAGCCGCAGGACGGUAUUCGUCAGUUAGUGGAACGACUGGCGACCGAGAAGGGUUCCCGGGAGCUCCGUCAGCUGCUGGACGACGGGAUGCCGCCACGGGAAGUCGAGAUUAACCUACCGCGCUUCGAGCUAGAACGGGAGCUGCAGCUCGGUCAACUGUUGCACGCCUUGGGCGCCGGAGAACUGCUGACACCCGGAGCGGCCGAUUUGCGCGGUUUCGUCGCCGAUGGCCAGCCGAGCCUGCACCUUGGCGAUGCCGUUCAUCGCGCCCGCAUCGAGGUCACCGAGGAAGGCACCACCGCGGCCGCAGCCACCGCGAUCUUCACCUUCCGCUCUAGCCGACCCACCGAGCCCGCCAUCUUCAACGCCAAUCACCCGUUCGUUUAUCUGAUCUACAACAAACACGAUCGUAGUAUCCUUUUCACCGGGAUUUUCCGUUCGCCAGCGCAUUCGCCGUCCUCCGUUUAAACGGAGAGACCUCCUCGUCCCCGAAGAAUCGACGAAAUUAGGGAAUUCAAUAAGGAAUCGUCGCGUCUUUUUUUUUAUAAUCGAUUCAACUCAACUCUGCGACAGAGGACAAAGGACUCAUUGUAGGUGAUAUUGUGGAUGAUAUUGAGUGAUUUUGCUGUUGACAAUCAGAGAUAGAUUGUUUGAAUGUUUUGAUUGCUUCGAAAUAUCGCUAGCUUUCGAAUUUGCGAUCUUUCGAGCUAGAGGUUUUUUUAUGAUAUUUUCCUUGAGAGGAGUCUGUUGCAUGAAUCUCAUUAAUUUAUUCUCGCAUUUAGAUUAUAUUUUACGACAUAUCCUACUAGGUAGGAAAAAACGAGUGUAAAAUCAAACAAAAAUCCAUAUAAAAUUAAAUAGAAAUCUACGUUAAUACAAUCUUCUAAUAAUAUAAUGAAUUUUGGUAUAAUCAAAACUCGCGCUUAUUGACUGAAAUAUUAAUUUUAUAAAUGUUCCUUCUCUCGAAUUUAAAUUACAUGGUAAUAUAUGUAAUCAAAAUAAUUGAAACAUUGUAAAAAACAUUAAAACUGCACCGUGGAGAUUUAUGUAAUAAAAAAAUAAAAUAAAAAUACAUUUAGAUA